AAUACGACACAAGAAAGUAAUAAUGGUACGUCACUUAUCAGAAUAUAUAAAAGCCCGUGACCAUCUUACAACAUCAGUUAUUCUAUACAUGUGGAUUAAAAGUGUAUGAAAAUAUGAUCAAGGCAACACAAUCUUGUAUAUCAUUUUGGUUAUUUUGUGUCUUGUUAAUGAAUAGAAUUAACACAACACCAAUACAAUCUUUGAAAGGAAUUCAUGUCGUACUUCCAAACACACCUCUAAGUGAACAUGGACAAUUAGACUUAGCAUUUUUAAUGGACACAACAGGCAGUAUGAGUUCGUAUAUAAAUAGUGCAAAGCAGAACAUCAGAGAAAUUGUAGAGGAAAUAGUUGCUACAUCCAGUAGCGAUGUACGAUUAGCAUUAAUAGAAUAUAGAGACCAUUCACCAGAAGAUAAGACUUUUGUCACCCGAAAAAAUGACUUUACGUCUUCGGUAUCCAUUAUGAAAUCGAGAUUGAAUUUUGCACGUGCUAGAGGAGGAGGUGAUCGACCGGAAGCCGUUGCAGACGCUAUGUACCAAGCAACUAAAUUGUCAUGGCGACAGGAUGCAACUAAAAUAUGUGUCAUGAUAUCUGAUGCACCUCCCCAUGGACUUGUGCCGUCUGAAGACACGUCAUUUCCGUAUGGAUCUCCAAAUGGUCACGAUCCUAUGCAAAUAGCUAGAGACUUGGCUCAGAAAGGUGUAACAUUAUAUAUUAUUGGCGUUGAGCCACCAAUCGUUCCUUACAAAGACUUUUUCAUGGGUUUAGCUUAUCUUACAGGUGGCCAGUAUGUCCCCUUGUCAGUACCACGUCUUUUAGUUAAUGUUAUAACAGGGGGAGCUCAGGAAGAAUUGUCAUUACAAAGGUUUCAUGCGGCGGUACAGCAGGAAAUCGAAAAAGCCUAUGGAGGAGGAGGCGGAGGAGGCGGGGGAGGCAUGGGAGGAGGCAUGGGAGGAGGUGGAGACGGACCGAUAAACAAAUAUCAGAUUGCCAAUUCUGUUUACCAGAAAUUACAAAAAUCAGGUGCUAAAUCGAAACAAUUAGUCAAGAACAAUAAAGCUAUAGAAGGCCCUUCGGUUAAUGCUAAAUUAUUAGCAUCGAAAUAUUCAAUGGCAGAAGUCCGAAAAGUAUUCAAAAAGGGAAUUACUCCGAGGACAUUAGGUGGAUUUAGUGGAAUAAGAGGUGGAGGCGGCGAUGGAUUCGGCAGUAAAGGCGGCGGGGAAGGAGGCGGCAUUGGAGGCGGCAUUGGAGGCGGAGGUGGAGGCGGCCUUGGAGGCGGCGGCGGAGGAGGAGGUGGCGGCGGCGGAGGUUUAAGUAUUCCAAAUUCAAGUGCUAGUGACAUAUAUUCAGCAAAAGAAUCUGGAAUUACCUUGGAACAAAUUAACAGAUUAGUUGAAAGGAAGACGGCAAGAUUACCGAGGGCUUAAGAUGUUAAAGUUACUUUUUAUAAGUAGGAAAUUGUAUAUGUGUGUAUGCCAUAUAUGCAUUCUUCUUUCUAUAUUAAUUCAGUUACAUUAUAACAUGCACAGUAUUGUUUGUUCCCUUGCUUAAUGGUGUCACUUUUCAUAAACGGAAUUAAAUAUUCUAUUUUAUACUAAAUAAGAAACUUAGUAUUUUUGAUAGACCAUUUCGAUUAUACCAGGUAUACCUGCAGUAAAAGAAUAUUCGCCUUAGUUAAAAA